UGAUGGAUGACAUCUUCCAUUCUAAUAGCGGAAGGGUGCGGGUGUGACAGCUGCAAUCCCGGAUGGAGAGACUAACUUCAGCUGGGGAGGAGAGCAGCCCGGCCGGGCAGGAGCUGCCGCGUGUCGGCUCCCGGAGGAGGCUGGCCGGCGUCAGCUCUCCCGAUCUAGCCGCCGCGCGGCUCACUCUCCCCGGGGUCAUGGACGCCGAGGGGAGGGUGGACGAGUGUCGCCUGAGGAUGCACAUUUUUAAAAACGGUGGGGUGUCUCCAACUGAACGUGGCCUGGCGUGGCGAUUCUUGUUCGGGAUGUACCCCUGCAGCUCUUCUGCUCUGGAGCGACCUCUGCUGCUGGAGCAGCUGGCUGUACGUUACCAAGUCAUGAAGAGAAAAUGGCAGAGUGUCCUGCCUUCGACUGUAAAGAUGCACCUCAAUGGCACGGAUGCUGAGCUGGUUGCUGCUGUCGGCUACUUUGACCGGAGGCAGGCCCUGAUCCACCAGCAGGCCCAGAACCAGACUGACGAGGUCCAAGAUAGGCUGCUAUUCUUGGAGCUUCAAGCUCAGAUAUUGUUUGAACGUGUUACAUUUGACAAGGAAGAGCUGCAGGAAUCCAUCCGUAUCAUUGAUAAAGACGUUCCCAGGACUACUAGAGAUCUAGGCUACUACCAAGGUGAAGGUUCAGGGAAUCUGUUGGUGUUGAGGGAUAUUCUCAUCACGUAUGCUGCUUUCCAUCCAGACGUGAGUUACGCCCAGGGAAUGAACGACCUGUGCAGCCGAUUCCUGGAGGUUCUUGAUUCCGAAGUGGACAGCUUCUGGAGUUUUUCCUGCUACAUGGAGAAAUUUUCCAAGGAUUUCCGAGCAGAUGGCCUGUAUAGAAAAAUAGAGUUGGAGGCAGCUCUGUUAAAAGAAUUGGACCCUGAGCUUCAUGUCCACUUGGUGACGGACAGCAUGGAGAGCUUCACCUUCUGUCACAGAUGGUUACUGCUAGGCUUCCAGAGAGAGUUCGAACACACCGAUGCUCUUCGUUUAUUCGAGAUCUUGAGUUGUGACCAUCUGGAGCUCAUUUCCCAGCAAGUAGACCGAGCCCGUUGUCAAGAAAGGAUUGCACAAACAAACUGCAAAGAUGACGAGUGCGAGUCACAGCUGCAGGCCAUCAACACAGACUUCACCUUCGAGUUGUUCAUCUGUGCAGCCAUCCUGCUGGACCACAAAGAGACUCUGCUGCAAUGUCGAGAUGAAGUCCAGCUGAUUCAGUUCACAAGCAGCCUUCAGGGAACACUGGACUUGAACAGCACGUUAAAGAAAGCAGAGCAUCACUUCUUCAACUACUGCAAACGCUGCGCUUGGGACUCCAUGAACAGCCACUGCAGAGCACACAAAAGCAAAGAAGAGGACUUUCUAUAUCAGCUCCGUUGUUUAUUUGUUUUACGAUGAGACACACUAUUCCAACCCCUGACACCUUUCUUAUAUACAUAUGUUUUUUAUUCUUUGUGUACUCCUAAGGGAAAUAUUGUAUGAACGUGGACCAACGACCACAUUUUUGGUUCUCAGGAUAUCAUUCAUUCAUUUUCUACCGCUUAUCCCCACGAGGGGCUAGAGGUGGGGUACACCCUGGACUGGUGGCCAGCCAAUCACAGGGCACAUAUAGACAAACAACCAUUCACACUCACAUUCAUACCUAUGGACAAUUUGGAGUCGCCAAUUAACCUAGCAUGUUUUUGGAAUGUGGGAAUGUGGAUUGUGGGAGGAAACCGGAGUACCCGGAGAAAACCCACGCAUGCACGGGGAGAACAUGCAAACUCUACACAGAGAUGGCCGAGGGUGGAAUUGAACCCAUGUCUCCUAGCUAUGAGGUCCGUGCGCUGAAUCAUAUUUUUUUCCAAGUCGCUGAACGUGUGGUCAGCUUCCCCCCACAUCCUAUUUCAUCCAUCGUCUAUUUUCUAUGCCACUUAUCCUCACUCGGGUCGUGUAUAUGCUGGAGCCUAUCCCAGCUUUCUUUGCUCAAGAGGCGGGGUACACCCUGGAGUGGUCGCCAGCCAAUCACAGGCACAUAUAGACAAAUGUACCCCAUAAAAACUAAAAAAUUAAAUUAAAUUGAACCCCCAAGGAAUUUGUGGUAGGUUCCCCCCUCCUCCCAGGCCAGAAAAGAAUCAUUUUAUCAACCAAAAAGAACCAGAAAAUGAUCCUCGUAUCUCAGAAUGAACUGUUAUGCAAUAUUUUACUAGUGGAAUCUGACAGGCAACAGGUGUUGCCUCCUACUCAAGUUAUAUUUACCAUGACUUAUGUAACAGGUUGCCAGACGGAAGCUGCAGGGAGCAAAAGGAAAUGUAUUCCUGGAUGGGCACAUACUGUAUGCUUGGCACAUACUGUAUGCUUUUCUACAGUUAAGGUCAACAUCAAUUCAUUAAUUACACAGCCAAAGUCAGUUUUUAUUUGUUUAUUUGUUUUGGCUGGAUAUGAUACAAGACACUAGCAGGUAUAAAGCAUUCUAUAUAUAGUGUAUGUAUUGAUAAUACAUUUUAAACACAUGAACCCUUUUUCUCCAGUUCUGAUGCUUUGUUGUAAAGGUCUGAUCCCCUCUUGGUGAGCUUGGGUAUGUAUAUAUCUUCCAUCAA